AUGCUGGUUAAUAUUAUUCUCAGGCCUAUGUUUGUAACAUUCUUAACUAGUCUCGCAGCAAUCGCAAUUGUAGCAUCAAAAGUUGAAGAGACAAGCGACCAGUCCAGAUUCAAUCAGAAAAUAGUAGCUAGUCGAAUUGAACCUAGAGAUUCUAUAAAUAGCAGAGAGAUUGGUCUUAAGGGAACUUUCAAUAGUCAUACUUUUGCUCAAACCGUCGACCCACUAACUGUUCCCGUUUUGAAUGUCCGGAGCACUAUACUCGUCUUUGCUCGAGAUGCCAAAUCUGCUUACUCCGUGGUCUCUGGUCUAAAUGGUUAUGGUAUUCCAUACGAAGUUGUCACUGUUCCAAAAAGCGGUAUUGAACUACCAGUCCUGAAUAGCUCAGCUUCUACCGGUAAUUAUGGUGCAAUUUUUGUAGUCUCUGAUGUGAGCUAUGAUUAUGGAGAUCGUGUUCAGGGAUUUCAGAGUGCUCUUUCAAGCAAUCAAUGGUCGACUUUGUUCGAAUAUCAAGUUAAUUUUGGCGUUCGGCUAGUCCGUGUGGAUAAUUUUCCGACUGCAGAAUUUGGAACAAGUACUACAGGUGGCUGUUGUAAUGAUGGUGUAGAACAACUUAUAAGCAUAUCAAACACAUCCACAUUUCCUACUGCUGGACUGAAGACAGAUGCUGGUUUAAGUACGCAAGGUCUCUGGCAUUAUCCAGCAACUAUCACCAACAAUAGCAUUGCUAGUGAAUUUGCACAGUUUACUGCUAUAGAUGGUCUUUCGAUCAGUUCAACAGCUGGUGUGAUUAAUACAUUUCCCGGCCGGGAACAGAUGGUGUGGUUUAUUGGGUUUUCGACAGACUGGAGUGCGACUUCAAACUUUCUCCAACAUGCUUCCAUACAUUGGGGUGCUAAUGUAAUUAUCGCUGUAGUUGAUGACGUUUUUCUUCAAUCAGAUAUCUACCAUCCUGCCGGAACCAUAUUUCAAAUUGCUCCCUCUGAUCUAUCACAGCACAUGUCUUGGAUGAAAACAGUUAAUGAUAGACUUCCAGCCGGGAGUGACUGGUUUAUUGAGCUUGGCCACAAUGGUAACGGAAAUAUCGAGGCCGCAGCAGGUCACAAUGCUAUUUGCGGGACUGGUCCUAUUGAAUAUGAUAUGCAAAUAGAUACACCCCUUGAGUGGUCGAAGCCUAUUGGGGCUGGUAUUAAUCUAUGGCCAAGCACCCCAGAUACUUUUCCAUAUCCUAAAACUUGUACCAAUAGUGAUGCUCUUAGCCUUUGGUUUUCCUCGGAAGCAAACUUGAAUGCAUUUGCACAUGUCUCGCACACCUUCACUCACGAGGAUCAAAAUAAUGCAACUUAUUUUGAUGUUUCUAGAGAAAUCAGCUGGAACAAAGCUUGGCUUGAUCAAGUCGGCAUAGCAGCUGCGUCCAGGUUUAGUCCAAAGGGAUUGAUUCCGCCGGCAAUCACUGGCUUACACAAUGGUGAUGCUAUCAAAGCAUGGGUUGAUAAUGGUAUUGUCAACGUUGUUGGUGAUAAUACAAGGCCUUCCUUGAUGAAUAAAGAAAACGAAAUGUGGCCCCUUGAAACAACAUUGGAAGCCAAUGGCUAUGAAGGUAUCACUAUAGUGCCACGAUGGGCCACCAAUAUUUACUAUAACUGCAACCUUCCAGAAUGCACUGUAUUGGAAUGGAAGGAAACAGCAGCCGGUGAUGGGGAUUUUAACUCUCUUCUGGAGGCUGAGAAAAAUACUAAUGUUAGACACCUUCUUGGCCUACAUCAUGACCCUUAUAUGUUUCAUCAAGCAAACCUUGAUUACGGAAAUGCCGGAUUAGUAUCAGUCAACGGUGUAUCACAGAAACUAUCACUCUUUCAGGCAUGGGUUGAGACCAUUAUCCAGGAAGUGACUAGGCUGGUAACAUGGCCCAUAAUAUCACAGAAGCAUGACGAUAUUGCUCAGAGCUUUAAAGCUCGAAUGAAUCGAGACUCCUGUAAGCCCAUGCUUAGCUGGAAUAUCGAUAGAAAAGCGAACACGAUUACAGAUAUUACCGUAACCACCACGGGUAAUACGUGCGGCGCGAAAAUUCCAGUAACUGUGCCAGGCAAUGUGACAGAUAUCCGUGGAUCCACAACUGAGAUGAUUGGCUCGGAUCCACUGACCAUUUGGACCACUAUGUCAGGCUUAGCCGUAUCAUUCAGCUUCACUGAGCCUAUUCACGUUUGA